AUGUCCUCCCGCCUGGAGGUGGCUUUCAAUCGCACGGUCGUGGAGUAUUUCCGUAAGACGAGCCUCAAUGGAUUCGGAUUGUUGUACUUCAUAAGGAAACGUCGCGUGCAGCGUCUCUUUUGGUUUUCCUUCAUCUGCUGUGGGCUGUUCUUUGCGGGUUACUCGGUUUUUGCAAUGAUCUUGGAUCUACUGGAUAGCUCGACAAUAACAGAUCUUUCCGAGAGGGAUUUGGGUGCCUUGCAGUUGCCUUCGGUUCAGAUAUGCAGUGGCUAUCGAUUCAGCAAGAGAAAAAUGCAGCAAUAUACACAAAUGUUGGCCAAUUCCACUGGCAAAUCAUUGGGCUAUUGGUGGCAAAAGAUACAUUUACUGGAGGGUUACAUGGAUCCCCUGGCUGUGGAGGCAGAAGAAGCCAAAGAACUGCAAGAAUCUCUGGGAUUCCGUGAUGUGCGCUCCAAUUUGUUGAAUCUAACGCCCGCUUGUGUUUCUCUGAUCCUCAAAUGUCAGCAGAAUGGUGCAACCAUCGAUUGCUCAGAGAUAUUCCACCUGCAAGCCACAAAUUAUGGACACUGUUGUGUCCUGAGGGACAGGAACAUCACGGGGGAACUUUCCCUGUCGCUGGACACCUCCCAAGAAGAUGCAAUUCCAAUGGAAAAGAGUCGCAGCCUUGCGGGUUUCCAUUUGCAUAUUUCCAGCUGGUUGGGCAGAGUCACCAUUGGCCAGGGCGAAAAGUCACUCGUGGAGGUGAAUGUCAUGGAACUUGAGGCUAACUCUGAGCUACUCGAAUAUCCUGUGGAUAGACGUGGCUGUCAUUUUCCCCAUGAGGGUGUAGGCAGGGAAAAGUGUCUGCAGAAUUGCAGGUUAAAGGCCUCGCUAAUGAAUUGUCAGUGUGUGCCCUAUCCCUUUGAGAGAGAUGCGAAAUUAAAGCAAAUAUAUUGCACGCUAGAAGACAUUGCCUGUCUGCAAAUGGUAGAGGUUAAUUGGUCACCAAAUCAGUGCCCGCAGUGUCUGCCGCUCUGCAAUCAAAUGUUGUACAGCCUGCACAAAAGUUUGCUCGGUUAUAUGCAUCCCUUUAGGAGUUCCCUGGUGCUACGCUUUAGGGCUCCACGCUGGAGCAACUAUGCACAGGAUAAACACUAUCACUGGUAUCAUAUUUUGUCAAAUAUUGGCGGUGUCUUGGGCAUUUGCAUUGGCUGUUCGCUCAUCAGUGGCUUUGAGUUGAUUUACUUUAUGGUCUUUCGGUUUUGGUCAAACUUUAGGCAGCAACAAUAA